UCUAACUUUACCAACAGACCAAAGAGACGUGGAUGCCAUCUGGGACAUCAAAAUCGCAUACAAAAUCUCUAAAUUGGAUUGGCAAGCUGACCCAUGUAUUCCCAAUUACGCAUGGGAGGGACUUAUGUGCAGUUCUGGCACCAGCCACUCUUACGCAAGGAUCACCUCAUUAAACUUGAGCACGAGCAAGUUAACAGGACACAUAAGUAUUUCAUUCUCAGAACUUACGGAGUUAGAGUCCCUGGAUUUGUCAGAUAAUAACUUAUCAGGAACAAUACCAGAAUUUCUAGCUAAAUUGCCGAAGUUGAAAGUCCUUAAUUUGAGAGGCAACGAGCUUACUGGUUCAAUUCCGAAUAUUCUGAAGGAGAAGUCAGAUUUGGAAAUGAGUUUGGAUGGUAACCCUGAUCUUUGCUUGACGGCUCGAUGCAAAAAACAUAAGUUCGCUAUUCCCCUGAUACCCUCUGUCUCUGCUUUGAUCGUUGUAAUCUUGGUUUUGCUUGGAAUAUGGAUCUUUAGGAUAAGAAGACUGAAAGGGAAUUUUACUAGGCAUGAAUCAUCAAAAUUAAGAAGUAAAGCAUUUUCUUACUCUAACGUUCUUGAGAUCACUAAUAACUCACAGAACUUAAUUGGAGAAGGAGGAUUUGGAAAGGUUUAUUUAGGCACUCUUAAGAAUGAUACUCAAGUUGCAGUAAAAUUACUUUCUCAAUCAUCAGUGCAAGGUCAUAGAGAAUUUCGAUCAGAGGUAGAACUCUUGAUGGUUGUUCAUCAUAGACACUUGGUCUCUCUGAUUGGGUAUUGCAAAGAAACUGGUGCAAGGGCAUUAAUUUAUGAGUAUAUGGCUAAUGGUGACCUCCGUCAACACUUGUCGGGUAACAACAGGCAUGCUUUGAAAUGGAAGAACAGGCUUCAAAUUGCACUAGAUGCAGCACGUGGAUUAGAAUAUUUGCAUGAUGGUUGUAAGCCAGCAAUAGUACAUAGAGACUUGAAGACUACUAACAUUUUGUUAGAUGAAAAUAUGGAAGCUAAGAUUGCUGAUUUUGGAUUGUCUAGAGCAUUUGCAAAUGAUAUCGAUAGCCAUGUCUCAACUCGUCCAGCUGGGACAAUUGGUUAUCUUGAUCCCGAGUUUCAAAGUUCUGGCAACCUUACAAAAGGAAGUGAUAUUUAUAGUUUUGGAAUAAUUCUGCUAGAGCUAAUCACUGGACAACCAGCAGCGAAAAGGCAACCAAACAAUACCUUCACUUUCCUGCUUCAAUGGGUUACCCCUAAAGUUAAAAACGAGAAUAUCAAGUCCAUUAUUGACUCAAGGGUCCAAGGAAAAUAUAGUGUUGAUUCGGCUGGGAAAUUCCUACAGGUAGCCAUGUCAUGCACUGCACCAACUGCAAGUCAAAGGCCUGAUAUAAGUCAAGUAGUUUAUGAACUAAGGGGAUGUUUGGAAUUGGAGAUGAGCAAGGAAGUGACCAGCGACCAACCCACCAAUUCAAGCAGUUCCAUGAGUACGAGUGCUUUGCAAUUUGAUUCAGACUUCAGUAUAUUGUCUGGAAGAUAGAUACUUGUUUACCUUUUAAAUUUUAUCUUCCCAAUGUGAUGGAAUAUGCCAAACACUACCGCGAAAAGGAUUGAAUAAAUUGUUUUCUGCAUUUAGGCGUCUUAUGUGUUGAAAAAUAUAGGUCUUAAUUGGUUGCAUGGAUAUGCACGUAGAUGGAAUGUAUAUAAAUGUAUUUGGUGAGAAUGGUGGGAGUCUAUACGAAAACUUGUGCCAUUAAUUCGAGUACCCAAUAAA